UUCAAAAUUUAUUUUUAUUUUUUAUUUGUUUUAUUUUAUAUGUAUAUGUAAUUCAAUAACCGCUCAUUUACUUACAGAGCCCCUAUGAGAAUGGUGUGCAUGAGGGGUGUAGGUCCUUUUUUCCACCGGUUCACUUAUGUAUCUCCUUGUGGCCUUAUACCAAUGUUCUCUUGGUAUUUGUUUUGCGUCCGAUAUUCCCUCGGAUUUAGAACAGGCGGCCCCUUAUGUGGUCCAAGGAUUCACAAAGUUUUAUUUCGAUAGCACUUUUAGACUUUCGACUCGAACCGUUGGCUUUUCGACUGCGCCAGUUAUGUUAUUUACGUUGCUCAAACUUUCUUUCGUUCAAUAAAACACCUUAUUCCUUCGAAGGUUACACCAAUAAUGAAUUUUAUUCUUAAACCAAUUUUACAUCAAGUCAAACAAGUAAAAUAAAUUUGAUGAGUCAGUAAAAAUAAAAGUGGAUAACAGGAAGUAAGCAUUAAUUACAAUUUUUGCAAGUAAGUAUUAAUUACAAUUUUUGCAAUGUUUUAAAUAAUAAAAUAAAUUUAAUGAUACAUAUGUUCUUAUUAUUUUAUUGGUGUCUUAUGAAGUCAAGCAAAUAAAUUUGAUGAGUCAGUAAAAUAAAAACAAUAGUGAGUGCACAAAAGUUGAUAACAGGAAGUAAGUAUUAUUUACAGUUGUUGUAUUGUUUUAAAUAAUAAAAUAAACUUAAUGAUAUGUUCUUAUAUUUAUUGGUGUCUUCUUGGUUUUGGUGGGGGUUGAUGUGACGAUAUAACUCCCGUCUGUCCGUCUGUCUGCCUGUAUAUAUACGAACUAGUCCCUCAGUUUUUAAGAUAUCCUUUUGAAAUUAUUUAUAAAUUGUGUAGUUAUUAUUAGAAUCCAUUAAAAAAAAUAUUACUAUAUUGGUUAGUAAAAAAUUCAAUGCUGACACAGCACUUAUUGUGUUACAGUUCAUAGAACACACACAACAUUCAAAUGGUAAUAGUGCAGGUGUCUAUUUACUGCUACAAUUUCUUUAUGAAAUCAACGUAUCACUUACUAAAUAAAAAUAUUUUUAGGUGCUGCACAAAAUCUUAUCUCUGCUGUGUGCAAUUUCUCAUUUCUUUGUUUUCUUUUCUUUUGGAAUGAUGUGCUAAGGGAAGUGAACUAUGCUCAGAUUGCAUUGCAAAGUAAAGGUUUAUGUGUUGAUGAAAUAAUCAUAAAACUAGAAGCACGUCGUCUAUUCAUUGGAGAGAAACGGUUGCAUCUAGCAGGAGAGGCAAUAGAUUUUGCUGACGACGAAUUCUUCGCAAGAAACGCAUGCCCGGUGAGUUAGCCGCCGAUACUGGACUUACACUUAGAGCGGAACUUCAAAAGGACAUGUUAGAAUGUAUUGACAGAUUCAAUAUUGAACUCGAGACACGAGUAAAGUCCAUUAAAGACGUAGCUUCAUUGUUUGAGGUUGUGCAGUCAAAGACCUUGCUUUUGGCAAAAACACUCAACAGUUAAAAUUUGCUAUAUCAAAAUUUACUAACCUUUACGAUGAAGUAUCAGUAACAGAACUAAUUUUAGAAAUACCAAGAUUGAGAAGACAUGUAAAAGCGGCUAAUAUUACUGUCUCUAAUUGGGUGACGCGGGACUAUUUGAAAUUCAUUGUGGAACGGGAUUUUACAGCAUCUCUUCCGAAUCUAACGGUCGCACUAAAGUUAUUUAUGACAAUAUGUGCAUCAGUCGCUUCAUGUGAGAGAAGUUUCAGCAAAUUAAAAUUAAUUAAAAAUUACUUGCGGUCUACAGUGACUGAAACCAGAUUAAACAAUCUUGGUAUUUUAACGAUAGAACAUGAAGCAACACAAAAUAUAAAUUUUGAAGACGUGAUUUCGGAGUUUGCAAGUGUCAAAGCUAGAAGGAAAAAAUUUUAAUUUUUUCACAUAAUAUACUAAUAUUUGUAAUGCUCCUGUUGUAAUAAAAUGUAAAUGAUUAUUUUUUUACUUUAAAAGUUUUGAUUGAGUUUUGGGGUGACACCUUCAAAAUCCGCCCCGGGUGUCACCUAUGCUAGCUAUGCCACUGUAUAUAUUUAUAUAUUAAUAGUUGUACUCGAGGAAAACGAAGUAAAUUUUUUAGUAACGCCUCAAGAACAAAAGUCCAAUAAUAAUAAAUAUAACGAUAGGAAAAACUAAAAUUAGUUGCCUUAUAGAUACAGGAUACUACAAGCAUAUCAAAAGAAGGGAUGUUUUCGGAAAAUUAUCCCAAAAUAACAAUGAAAUAUCCUAUAAAAUACAAAACUUUCCACACCAUUUCCAAAAGAAUUUGGAUGCUUUGGCACCAUUCAGUGGAAACUAUUGAACUUUUCAAACACAAAAUUUUCAGGUAUAAUAUGCCAAAAUUUCUUAAAACCUUUACAACCAAAAAUUAAUUGUGCGGAAAACUACGUUGAAAUUUUAAAAAAUAAUAAAAUUUAUUUCGAAGAAUUUAAAUAUUCCCAAUACAUAGAGAAUGCUUGUAAUAUGGAGCAUACUAAACAAAAUUAUUUAAAGGACAAAUUCAAUUUUUCCCAUUUGAAUAUAGAAGAGCAUCAAGCAACCUUAAGGCUGUUCAAUGACUUUGAAGACCUUUUCUUUAAAGAAGGAGAUAAGCUAUCAUGCACCAAUGAGGUACAGCAUGGAAUUAUAACAACAAAUUGUAAGCCUUUAUACUCCAAAAUUUAUAGAUAUCCUCAAAUUCAUGAAGAAGCAAUAAAAUGGCAGAUUGAAGAAAUGCUACAACAGAAAAUAAUUAAAGAAAGCAAUUCACCCUACAGCUAUAAUCGCGUAAGCGGUGUCUACGCCAGUAAAGAAGAAUUCACCCUACAAUAGUCCCUUAUGGAUUGUAGAGAAAAAAGUAGACAAUUCCGGAAAAAGAAAUAUAGAAUUGUCAUCGACUACAGAAAAUUAAACGAAUUUACCAAAGAUGAAAAAUUUCCAAUUUCAAACUUAAAUUCAAUCCUAGACAAACUAGGUAGAUCACAGUACUUCACCACCCUGGAUUUAGCCAAAGGUUUUCACCAAAUCUCCGUUAGAGAGGAAGACUGAAGAAAACCGCCUUCUCAACACCAUUUGGGCAUUACGAAUUUAUUCGAAUGUCAUUUGGAUUAAAAAAUGGUCCGUCAACGUUUCAAAGAUUGAUGAAUAGAGUCCUUAACGAAAUAUUAAUAAAAUAUGCAUCGUAUAUAUGGACGAUAUUUUAGUAUUUAGCAUUUGCUUGGAAGAGCAUUUAACUAAUUUAAAGCAAAUAUUCGAAGCCCUAAGGCUAGUUAAGUUAAAAAUGCAAGUGGGCAAUGUGAAUUUCUCAAGAAAAAACUCAAUUUUUGGGCCACAUUUUAACAUUAGAAGGAAUUAAGCCAAAUCCAGCCGAAGUUAAAAUCAUUCAAAACCUAAAGAUACCUAAUACCACAAAAAGAAUAAAAUCAUUUUUAGGAAUGACAGGAUUCUAUAGGAUAUUUAUUAAGGAUUAUGCAAAAGGUGCAGAUCCUAUGACACAAUAUCUAAAAAAAAGGACAAACAAUAAAUAUAUACAACCCACAAUUUAUUGCAGCGUUUGAAAAAUUAAAAGAUAUAGUUACAAAUUCACCUAUAUUACGAUAUCCUAAUUUUAAUAAAUAAUUUAGGAUUACAACUCAUGCUAGUAAUUUUGCAAUAGCAGCAGUUCUGUCUCAAUAUGGUCACCCCAUUGCAUAUGCAUCAUGAACACUAAAUAAUCAUGAAACAAAUAAUGCUAACAUCGAAAAAGAACUCUUAGCGAUAGUAUGGGCCGUGAAAUAUUUUAGGCCUUAUGGCUUUGGUAGGCAAUUUGAUUUGGAAUGCGACCACCAACCAUUGAAAUGGCUAAUGAUAAAAUACUCCGGGAAGGAGAUAAGUCCAAGACUUCAAAGAUGGUUAGUGAAUUUGGGCGAAUAUAAUUUUUCCAUAGAAUACAUUAAAGGGAAAAAAAAUUAUAUAGCAGACUUUUUCAGCAGAAUAAGAAAUGACGAAAUUAUUUCCCACAGCAUGUCAGUUCAUUCACAAGAAAAAAAUACAGAAUUUGAAAUUCCAAUAUUAGAUACAGUUGUUAACAGGUUUAAAACGCAAAUAAUAAUAAUAAAGGAGAAACAAACCGCCGACAAAUCUAUAUUCAAUUACAAACGAAUUUAUAUUGAGAGAGAUAGUGAAGAAAAUGGAAUAAGAGACAUGAUUAGAAGGGAAAUAUGUAUGUAGAGGAAAAGUAGGUAUACGAGGUUUGACAAUUAAGUAAGAAGACUGAUUUUAAACCUGUGACCUUUAAAUUCCCUUUCUCUUUUUCUGGCAUCCCUCCCCACUCCAUUGAUAUAUGUACCAUCGCUCUAGCUUGUUUAGUUCGCCUGCUGCGUCAAGUUGAGUAGACGUGUGUUUGUAGUGCUCGUCAAGAAAAUGGAAAAACGAAAUCAAGAGCAACGCGUCGCGAUAAAAUUUUGCGCCAGAUUGGACGAAACAGCUUCGGAAACGUACGCUAAAGUUGUAUGAGUGUAUGGUGAUAGUGCUCUUAGUCGUGAAACCAAACGCCAAAGCUCACAAUGGUUGUCUCCGCGCGACCCCCACCCGAAAAAAGCUCGCAUGAGCAAGUCGAAGGUGAAAACGAUGAUUAUUGAAUUGUUUGAUAGCCGUGGAAUCACAAAGAAUUCGUUCCACCGGGGAAAACUGUGAAUCAGGUCUACUAUUGCCAAGUACUCGAAGGAUUACGAAAACGACUCAACAGAGCCCAGACAUCGCUCGUAACUGGAUCCUUCAUCACGACAACAAGCCGUACCACACCGUGCAUGUCCCAGUAUUUGGCCUCUAAAGGGAUCACCGUGUUGCAACAGCUGCCUUAUUCGCCCGACAUGUCACCCUUUUGACUUUUUUUGUUUCCUAAAAAAAAAUCGGUGAUCAAAGAAACCCAUUUUGAGCCGAUUACUGACAUCCAGGCGGCCGUGACGAGGGUACUCGCGAACAUCCCAGUCUAAGCGUUCCAGAAAUGUUACGAAGAAAGAAAAACGCCCUGGAAUCGCUGUAUAGCUGCCCCAGGGGACUACUUUAAAGGGGAUGGCAGAAUGUAGAAUAAUUUUCAAAUAUACGGUUUUUAUGAAAUCAGUCUCAUUACUUAAUUGUCAUACCUCGUAUAUUCGCAUCUUAGCGAUCAAGAAUAUUAUAAAGUACAUAAAAAUAUUGGAGAAGAAUUUCCAUCUAAUCUUAACGUGAAAUUUGUCAAAUGUUCUUAUUUAGCAAAGGACGUUGACAACGAAAAAAAUUAAGAAAACAAAUUGUAUCUAUAUACAGUGAAACUUCUCUAACUCGAACUUCCGUAGCUCGAAAUAUUCUCUAUAUCGAAUUUUCUUAAGAACAAAAUACGUUUUUAUAACAUCACUAUGUAAUUUUUUCCCUAUAAGUCGAAUUUCUGUUACCCGAAUAUUUCUAAAACACGAACUAAAAUGUCACAGAAACUGCAGCGGUAACCAAGCGUAACUCGAAUUUUUCGGGGAAACACCUACCGCAAUUUCGGGGAAUUACCGAGCUGCGAGUCGGCGACAGAUAACGACUUGUAUUUUAAAUUUCUUAGCACUUACAUAAGAUUGUAUCAGUUGUUGUUACAACGGUGGUGAAAAUUGUCAAUUUUUGUAGUGAUAUUGGACUAAAAUGACAUCAAAACGAAGUGUAAAGUGUUUAACGCUUAAGGAAAAGUUAAAGCUAAUUGCCGAGGUAGAAAAGGGCGAAAACAAAAAGAAAACAUUGCACAAAUAUUUGGGAUUCCUCCUAAUACGUUAUCAACCAUUUUGAAAAACAAAGACAAACUCUUAGAACAAAAAGGUGACUAUAAUUUUAACUCCAAACGAAAAAGGAUUACAACUUGCGUCAAUAAUGAUGUUGAUCAAGCUAUGCUUAAGUGGGUUACUACCGCACGUGAGAAAAAUCUUCCUCUCUCGGGAACCUUAAUCAGAGGAAAAGCUAAAGAAUUUGCGAUUGCUUUGGGUUGCGAAAAUUUUUCUGCUAGUGUAGGGUAGUUAGAUAAAUUUAAAAAAAGGCAUAAUAUCGCACAAAUGUCGAUUUGUGGAGAAAGUGCUUCAGCCGAUUUACAGUCUAGUGAAGAUUGGAAAAAAAAACGUUUAUCCAGAUUUAAUCACACAAUGCCACGAAAACGAUAUUUUUAAUGCAGAUGAAACGGGCAUUUUUUUUUAAUGUUUACCCAAUAAAACAUUAGCCUUUAAAGGUCAAAAAUGCUUUGGUGGCAAAAACAGCAAGGAGAGAAUUACCGUUAUGGUUGCAAGCAAUAUGAGUGGUUCAGAAAAGUUGAAAUUGCUAGUUAUCGGAAGUCAAAAAACCCACGUUGUUUUAAGGGUAUAAAAUCACUUGAUGUGGACUAUGAGUACAACAAAAAAGCGUGGAUGACAAGUGAAAUUUAUGAUAAGUGGCUCAAAAGUCUAGAUAAAGUCUUUGUUGCCCAAAAUAGGAAAAUACUACUGUUCGUUGACAAUUGUCCGGCACAUCCUAAAAAUGUACAAGCAAACUUAAAAAACAUUAAACUGCAAUAUUUUCCUCCUAAUUUGACGUCUGUUCUACAACCAAUGGACCAAGGGAUUAUUCAAAAUCUCAAGCAACAUUAUAGAAAACGAAUUGUGAUGAAAGUUUUGGCCCAUAUGGAAGAACCAACUCCUACGACUGUGUCCUUACUUGAUGCAAUCAGGGAUCUAAACAAAACCUGGAAUUUGGGUGUAAAACCACAAACAAUCAGCAAUUGUUUUAGAAAGGCUGGUUUUGCUAAAGGUGAGUUAAUGCAGAAUGCUACUACGGAUGACUGGGAUGAAGAAGACAAUCUUCCAUUGUCUGAAUUGAAACAAAUUUGGACCACAUAUCGAACGGCAAUGGGAACCGAUAAUGUGUCUUUUGAUGAUUACGUCGAUACUGACCAUGGUGUGCAAACAAUGGGAUUCCCAACAGAUGAAGACAUUUUAGAUAGCGUCAUGGAAAAUCUAGUUCCUUCUGGAAAAGGUAAGUCUAAAGUAAAAUUUGUAAAUUGUAGCAUUGUUCAACACAAAUAAUCUAUUGUUUCAGACUAAGAGGAGGAAGUCUCUAGUGAAAGCGAGGUUGUAACAACAACUGAAACUAUACCCACAUUUAAUCAAUCGUAUUCUGCUAUCCAGACCCUAAGAAAUUUUACUUCGUCAAAAGAAAAUGUUCCCAUGCGUCAAUAAAUGUAGUGGAACAUUUUAUAGAGAAAGAGAAAUGGUCCGUAUUUAAACAAAAAAAAAAUUACCAAUUUUUUCCAAUAAGAAUUUAUAUACAUUUAUAUAUAUACUACAUAUGUAUUACAAACUGUCUUUUUAAAUAAACAUGUACAUACAUACAUAUGUAAAUAAAUUUGAACUCAACUUAGUGUAUUUUCCUUAAUUCGAAUUUUCCGUAACUCGAACUCUACUUUCUGUCCCUUGGACAUUCGAGUUAGGGAAGUUCCACUGUAUAUAAAAUUAAGUGGCAAAACUUCCUGUUCGCAUACUCCUCCUAGACGGCUUGCCCGAUUUCAAUGAAAUUUUCAGGGGUGAUUGGGGUCUGUUUGGAGGGUGCACAUAAGAAAUUUAAUGUGUGUAUCAUUGCGCGUUUUGCAAAAAAAAAAAUAAAAUAAAAUGAUACAUCCCGCCUAUACAAAUUCUCAUGAAAUAAUGUUUUGCCGCAAGAUUGGUAGUCCUGUCAAAUGCCUUUUAAUUCCUUUCUAAUAAACAGAAACAACUGGCGGAUGUUUACAACUAAUAAAAAACAUUGACAUCGCAUGUUGAUCGUAUUUGCCUUUUUGUUCUUUUUAUUGACAUAUUUUAAAAUUGUGUGUAUUUUUCUCUGAUUUCAACGUGAUUAACAUUCUGCAAGUGAGUAUUGUUGUUGUUUCGUAUGUGAUGCCAUGCGGUUCGAUUGUCGCUUGAAAAUGCGCGGUGUGUGUAAAAAAAAGUGUUUCAACAUUGUGUGUUUUUUCCAGAUUUAGUUCCAUCGAUUUGCUACAUUUAUUCGAACCGAUUUUGUGUGCAACACACACAAAGCAAGUGAGUAUUGUUAUUGUUUCGUUAGUGCUUCCAUGCGGUUUGCAAAUACACUGUUGGUGGGUCUUAUUGCAUAUGCGUGUGUAGUUUAAGAUGUAGUUUUAGGUUAAUUUUUACAUUUUUAUUUAUGUACUUCAAAUAUGCAUACUCUAGAAAAUGCCUCGACUGCGCCAACGUAAUACGGUUGGCAGGCAUACGAGUGAUUCACGUCGAAUGUCAAUAUUAAGAAGAAAUCACAGCGAAGAGCAACGCGCUCAAGUGAAUGCCCGAGGUAGAGCGGUGUACAGAGAGCGGCGUGCACAGAUUAGAGCUGAAUUCGCCGACAAUCAACGGCCAAAUUACCGUCAAGGCCGAGUUCCUGUCCGCCUUCGCGAUCAAAUGGAACAUGUUGGCUUUCACUACGAUCCUGACUGCGACUACAGCCUGCAUGGUGCCAUCGGAGCAAUGGAUAUUAUUUAUACGCUUUUCAAUGCAGCGAAAUUUCGAGGAGAAACAGCUGGCAUGUGCUGCUCCAGUUGCAAAGUGAAACUGCCUGCAUUGGAACCGGCACCAGAACCAUUACAUUCCUUGCUCACUGGAGAAUCGCCGACGUCUAAGCAUUUCUUGCAGAACAUACAAGCGUACAAUUCAUGCUUUCAAAUGACUUCUUUUGGUGCCACAAAGAUCAUUAGAGAUCCAUUUAUGCCGACGUUCAAGGUGAUUACUUUGCAUGGAAUUUCCAGUGAAACAUUUGACAUUUUUAUUCUGCAGAUUCAGGGACAAAUGUACCAUCGAGCAGGCUUGCUCAUACCAUUUGCCGAUGCCGACUAUCAAUUUUUGCAAAUAUAUUUCAUCGGUAAUGAAACUGACCAACUAAAUCAACAAUGUAAAAUUGCGACCGGCACAAGGCGAGAAAUCGUACUAAAUUUGCAAAGAUUUCUCAAUGAGCACAAUGAAUUGAUUCGAUUGUUCAAAAUCGCAUUGGACCGCAUGCCGUCUGAUAACCAUCGAAUCGUCAUCAGAGCAGACAAAAUGCCGAUGGGGCAGCAUGCCAGACGAUUCAACCCACCAACAAUCGAUGAGGUGGCAAUCGUCAUUGUUGGCGAACAGUUUGAAUCGCGAGAUAUUGUACUGCACCGUAGAAACGAACAACUUCAGCGUGUUUCCGAGCUACACCGUAGUUAUGAUGCAUUACAAUAUCCGAUAUUAUUGUGGAGAGGUGAUGACGGCUAUCACAUCAAUAUGCGAUUGAUGAAUCCAACUACUGGCCAAGAAACACCGAAAAAACUCAGUGCGAUGAACUUCUAUUCGUACAGAAUAAUGAUUCGUCCGCAAGAAGAUAACUACAUCCUGAAAUGUCGCAAGCUUUUCCAUCGGUAUUUGGUUGACAUGUAUGCGAAGAUCGAGACCGAACGUGUCAACUUUAUUCGAUUCAACCAAGCGAAAUUGCGUUCUGAAGAGUACAUCCAUUUGAGAGACGCCGUAAUGAAUGAUGCAAAUGUGAAUAGCAUUGGACGUCUGACAAUAUUGCCAGCCACAUACAUCGGCAGUCCGCGCCAUAUGCACGAGUAUGCGCAAGAUGCGAUGUCGUAUGUGCGCCAUUACGGCAGACCGGAUCUGUUCAUAACGUUCACGUGCAAUCCCAAGUGGAAUGACAUCAAAUGCCAUUUGUUCCCCGGUCAAUCUUGACAGCACGUGUAUUCAGGGAAAAGCAAAAAGCAAUGAUGGAUUUAAUUGUGAAACUUUGUGUUUUUGGAGAAGUUCGAUGCUGGAUGUACUCGAUCGAAUGGCAGAAAAGAGGAUUACCGCAUGCACACAUCUUGAUUUGCUUAGUUCGCAAAAUACGACCAGAUCAGAUUGACAAAGUCAUCUCAGCGGAAAUUCCAGAUGAAGCAAUCGACCCACAAUUGUUCGACGUUGUAACAAAAAACAUGAUCCACGGCCCUUGAGGCGCUAUUAAUCCAACGUCACCAUGCAUGAUUGACAAUAAGUGUUCAAAGCGCUAUCCUAGAGCUUUAGUUGAUGAUACAAUCACUGGAAAUGACGGAUAUCAAUUAUAUCGGCGUCGAUCCGCUGAAGAUGGUGGUAAUUCAACGGUCAUAAAAGUUCGGGAUCAAGACGUUGAUGUUGAUAAUCGUUGGGUCGUGCCGUAUUCACCAUAGUUGUCAAAAAUUUUCGAAGCGCACAUCAAUGUAGAAUAUUGCAACUCUGUCAAAU